UUCCAUACUGGGAACAGAGAACUGCGACCCUGGACAAGCAUGGCUGCGGGCUGCGGGCUGCUCCUGCGCGCGGUGGCGCGCUUCUCCUGCAGGGCCCUGGGGGGCUUCGCCGCCAGCCGGAGGGCCCUGCGCACCAGCCCCAGCAGCGCGGCCUUCGCCAAGGAGCUCUUCCUCGGCAAGAUCGAGACGAAAGAAGUUUUCCCAUUUCCUGAAGUCAGCCAGGAUGAACUUAAUGAGAUCAAUCAGCUUGUGGGCCCAGUAGAAAAAUUCUUCGCUGAAGAAGUGGACUCUCGACGAAUUGACCUGGAGGGGAAAAUCCCGCAGGAGACUCUGCUGAAACUGAAGAGCCUGGGGCUUUUCGGGCUGCAGGUCCCAGAAGAAUAUGGUGGUCUGGGCCUCUCCAACACUAUGUACGCACGCCUUGGCGAGAUCAUCAGCCAGGACGCUUCCAUCGCUGUGACCUUGGCUGCACACCAGGCGAUUGGCUUCAAGGGGAUCAUCUUGGCCGGGACAGAGGAACAAAAGGCCAAAUACCUACCCAAACUGGCCUCUGGGGAGCAUGUGGCUGCCUUCUGCCUGACAGAGCCAGCCAGUGGGAGUGACGCAGCCUCCAUCCAGACCAGAGCCACGCUGAGUGAAGAUCAGAAGCAUUAUAUCCUCAAUGGCUCCAAGGUCUGGAUCACCAAUGGCGGACUGGCCAACGUCUUCACCGUGUUUGCAAAGACAAAGAUCAACGAUGCUGACGGCUCUGUAAAAGACAAAAUCACGGCUUUCAUUGUGGAGCGGGACUUCGGUGGCAUCACGAACGGGAAACCCGAGGACAAGUUAGGGAUCCGAGGCUCCAACACUUGUGAGGUUCACUUUGAGAACACGCCGGUGCCCGUGGAGAACGUACUGGGAGAAGUCGGAGGCGGCUUCAAGGUGGCCAUGAAUAUACUCAACAGUGGACGCUUUAGCAUGGGCAGCUCCGUGGCCGGGAUGCUGAAGAAGUUGAUCGAGAUGACGGCCGAGUAUGCCUGCACCAGGAAGCAGUUCAACAAGCCCCUGAGUGGAUUCGGGUUAAUCCAGGAGAAGUUUGCCCUGAUGGCGCAAAAGGCUUACGUCAUGGAGAGCAUGGCCUACCUCACGGCGGGCAUGCUGGACCAGCCCGGCUUCCCCGACUGCUCCGUAGAGGCCGCCAUGGUGAAGGUGUUCAGCUCGGAGGCCGCCUGGCAGUGUGUGAGCGAAGCGCUGCAGGUCCUUGGGGGCUCCGGCUACAUGCGGGACUACCCCUACGAGCGCAUGCUGCGUGACACCCGCAUCCUGCUCAUCUUCGAGGGAACCAACGAGAUUCUCAGGAUGUACAUCGCACUCACGGGCCUGCAGCACGCAGGACGCAUCCUGACUGCCAGGGUCAAGGAGCUUAAACAGGGCAAAGUGACCACCGUCCUGGAGACAGUCGGCCAGAGACUUCGAGACACCUUGGGCCGAAAAGUGGACCUGGGGCUGACGGGGAAGAUCAGCUUGGUGCACCCCAGUUUGGAGGACAGCGCCAACAAGCUGGAGGAAAGCGUGUACUACUUUGGCCGCACUGUGGAGACUCUGAUGCUACGCUUCGGCAAGACCAUCGUGGAGGAGCAGAUGGUCCUGAAGCGGGUGGCCAACAUCCUUAUCAACCUGUUCGGCAUGACGGCCGUGCUGUCGCGGGCCAGCCGCUCCAUCCGUUCAGGGCUGCGCAACCACGACCACGAGGUCCUGCUGGCCAACACCUUCUGCACAGAAGCUUACUACCAGAACCUCUUCACCCUGUCCCAGCUGGACAAGUAUUCGCCAGAAAACCUCGAUGACCAGAUAAAGAAAGUGUCACAGCAGGUGCUGGAGAAACGGGCCUACAUCUGUGCCCACCCGCUGGAGAGGACGUCCUGAGGCGCCAGUACAGUUCUGCCCUGAGCACAGCCGCCUGACCUGGGCAGUCUGAGACUCUGGGCAGGGACUGGCCCUGUAGUGAGGAGCAUAGUGUCCCUUCAGGUCCCCAUCCUGUUGCCAGCCGUGGACACCCCCUCCUGCCGGGUGGGCUCAGGCUACAGGAGAGAGCAGCUCAGUCCCACACUGCGGGGAUGACGACAGCCUCUCUGGACAAAGUGGUGGCGUUUGGGACCUGCCCUGUCAUGCUGCUUCCUGGGGGUCUGACUGAUCUGGUGGGGCCCCUAUUCUGGUACGAGUUGCCACAUGCUGUGGUGACAGAGCUGGGACUGACUGAUGACUCAACCUAGGAAGUUUACUGGGUGCCAAAGACCCACUGGGCACUGAACAUGCGUCACUGACCACAGACUGCAGAGCCCUGUACAAGCUCGUGUCCACCCCCCUGCAGGCCUGGCAAGACCCCAAAAAGGUGUUGUUCAGAGCUGGUCACACUAGUCCCUUUCUCAUUUUCCCUUUCCCAAAGGCCCUGGGUUCCCUUUUUUCUCAUGGCAGCUUUUGAUGUUUUGUGAAUGUACUGGGGGAGGGAACUGCAGGGCCCCCCAAGAAGGCCAAGUAAGAGCCUGAGAGGAAGCCUUGUCACUAAAUAAACU